AUGGCAUCACCGUCUACUGGCUCCUCUACAUGGCACAGGAGGACUCAGUCCGUCAGCUCGCAGGACCGGGACUCCUCGACUCCUACUCCGGCUCUCUUGAGCUCCCCUCGAGCCAAACCACAGAAUAUCGGUGACGCACGGCUCCUGUCCACAUCGAGCUCAACCGCUCAUAGAGAGCCCAUUCGUUCUUUUAUCUCUGGAAGUGCCCGAGACAGUCCAGCACCUAUCGACAGCGCACAGUACGCGAGGAGCGUUCGGGAGGACACAGCAGAGCUUGCCUCUUAUUUUCUUUCUGACAAGAACCCCCGUUCUAGUCCCAAUUUCCUUUCGCGUCAGAGGUCUCAGUCUUCGCAACAGAGAACUGAAGAUCUGCUCGUGGGUGAGGAUGACGAGGAUGACUCCACCGCUGGUGGCACGGCAGACACCAUAAUUGAGGAGUCUGAGCCGCCCUCGCCUGACGAGGGAUUUCAAGACCCGCCCCAGGAUGACGGGCCCUCGAUGCUCACAAACAUGCUGAGGAGAUCACCUCCAGAAAGCUACAAAGACGGAUUUGUGCCCAAAGAUACACAGCCUUCCCAGCUGGAGCAGGCCGCGGUCCUGUCUGCCCCAUACGACAGUCGACCGAGCACAGCAAGACGCAGUGAUGGCAAGCUCUGGGCGCCAGUUGAGGACGUUGUAUCCGAGGAAGACACAGAGAACACACCUUUGUUGCGACAGAGGUCGCAUGCGAGCUCCUAUCUUCAGAAUGGGAACGGUUCUGCCGCCGAAGUGGACAUCGAGAGCCAGAAGCCACUUGAGCCACAAAGCUGGCUGGCAGAGAGAGCGGGGCGUGCAAAGAGAAGCCUGCAAGGUCUUACAAAGGCAGCUAGUGAUCCCCGAUGUUGGGACGGUAAGGCGCUCCUGCACACUUUGGUCGUCGAUCCGGUGAAGACCUUGCCAGCAGUUGUCGUCGGCCUCAUCCUCAAUAUUCUUGAUGCCUUGUCCUACGGCAUGAUUCUCUUCCCGUUGGGUAACCCCAUAUUUGCGAAUCUGGGCCCGGCCGGUAUUUCGAUUUUUUAUGUCAGCACGAUUGUGUCACAGAUUGUCUUUUCGACAGGCAGUAUAUUCAAGGGGGGCGUGGGUUCCGAGCUUAUCGAGGUUGUUCCAUUUUUCCACAACAUGGCGUCGACCAUCACAGCACUUGUUGGGGAGGACAACCCAGACGCAGUCAUUGCCACGACAAUUUUCUGCUUUUCCUUUAGUUCCCUCAUCACGGGUGCCGUAUUCUUCAUCAUGGGCGCACUCAAACUGGGGGGCUUGGUCGGCUUUAUCCCACGGCACAUCCUAAUUGGAUGUAUUGGCGGUGUCGGUUGGUUCCUUGUUCAGACUGGUUUUGAGGUGUCCGCAAGACUUGAGGGGAGCUUUCACUACGACUUGGACACGGCUCGGCUUCUAUUCCGAGCCAAUACUCUUCCCCUCUGGACAAUACCCCUUGGCCUCGCCAUAAUUCUUUACUUUCUAUCGAGCACCAAGAAGCUCAAGGACAACCACUAUGUCCUUCCUGUCUUCAUCUGCUUGGAGCCUGCCAUCUUUUGGUUCUUCGUUGUGGUCCUGGAUUCACUGGAGCCUGAGCCACUGCGGCAUAAAGGCUGGAUCUUUGAGGCGCCGCCCGCCGGUGAACCUUGGUGGUAUUUUUAUACACUGUUCAAGUUCAAUUUAAUCCACUGGGAAGCGGUAGCAGAAUGCAUACCAGCUAUGCUGGCUCUCACCUUCUUCGGUGUGUUGCACGUUCCCAUCAACGUUCCAGCCCUGGCUCUUCAGACCGGCGAAGACCACGCAAGCCUCGAUCGCGAGCUGAAGCUGCACGGUCUCUCCAACUUUCUCUCCGGGUGUGUAGGUAGCAUACAGAACUACCUGGUGUAUGCCAAUAGUCAGUUCUUCAUCAAGUCUGGUGGCAACAAUCGGCUUGCUGGAUAUCUUUUGGCGCUCUUCACUGGUAUCGUCAUGGUCAUUGGCCCGGUGAUCAUCGGAUUUAUCCCGGUCAUGAUGGUCGGAACCCUGAUCUUCAUCCUGGGCUUCGAGCUGCUGGUAGAUGCGCUCUGGGACCCUAAAUCCAAACUGAACCGGCUUGAAUACUUAACGGUCGUCGCUAUAGUGCUAGUGAUGGGCAUGUACGACUUUGUGAUUGGUAUCGGGGUCGGGGUUCUCCUAGCCUUUGCGUCGUUGAUCUUCCAGGCAUCAAGAGUUUCAGCCAUCCGCGCAACAUACUCCGGGGAAAUCGUGGGGUCCACCGUGCGAAGGAACCCGUCACAGCAACACUACCUCCAGAAGGUCGGCAACCAGGUUUUCCUAAUGAAAUUAUCGGGCUUCCUGUUCUUUGGGACAAUCGUCGGCGUCGAAGAUAAGAUUCGAAAGCUUAUCGCUGAUGAGGAAUUCGCGAGACGGCCCAUCAAAUAUCUUAUACUAGACCUCCAGCAAGUCACGGGUCUAGACUACUCCGCCAGCGAAGCCUUCAGCACAGUCAGCCGGUUACUUGCGGCCAAGGAAAUCAUCCUCAUGCUGAGCGGGGUAGACACAGACGGCCCGAUAGGGCGCGACCUGCGAGCGGUGGGCCUAGGUUCCAGCUCGAACGGUACGCAGGUAAUUUUCAGCCCUAGUCUCAACUCGGCACUGGAAGAUUGCGAGAACGAGCUCCUGCGGACGUUUUACACGAGCCAGGAGGCGUACAAGUCGUCGAGGAACGCCGUGACGCCAGGCCUAGACGUCCCAAUUGCGAAGAUUCUUGGUGCUGGGGACAACCCCUUGAGCGAUGACAUGCUCGGAAGCUCGCCGCGCCGCACCCAUCUGCACAAGGCGGCACAGGAAUCCAUGACGCAGCGCGAAGUUCAGCGGCUCUCGCGGUGGCAGAACUUCAAGGAGCCGCUGCGCCUGAUGCUGCAGAUUUUCCACGACCUCUCGGACAAGAAUGAGGACUUCUGGGUGCGAGCCAAGGACUUCUUUGUCAGAAAGGAGUUCUACAAGGGCGAUGUGCUGUUCAAGGCGGGCGAGCCGGCCGAAGGGUUCUAUCUGGUGGAGAGCGGGAUCCUCAAAGCCGAGUACGACCUCCCGCAGGGCUGGCUGUACGAGAGCAUCGUGGCGGGCACCACGUGCGGGGAGCUGCCGUUCUUCUCAGAGACAAACCGCACAGCCAAAGUGACGGCGGAGAGGGACUGCGUGGUGUGGCUAAUGGACCGGGAGAACUGGGACCGGCUCCAGAAGCGCGAGCCGGACGUGGCGCAGGAGCUGCUGAGAAUCGGGCUGAAGCUGACGAGCGAGAGGAUGAGCAGCAUCACGAGUUACGUGUUGACCAUGGCGGGAUGA